AUGGACAUCACAUAUUUUCCUCCUUCUCCUCCACCCAUGGCUCCUCCUCUCCCACCGACUCCAGCUUUCUAAUUGGAUUUCAUCACAUUUCCUUUUGGUUUUUCCCAGCCAGACUCUCGGGAUCAGAGGAGCAGCUUUUCAGUGGAUUCAGACAUAAACUUCAGCAGCAGCUUCCAUACAUCCUGCCUUGAUACUGCAAUGACAUCACUCAGGCUGUUGCCCUUAUUCCACUCCCUCUUCAUCCUACAAACACAUUUUUCCAGCCAGCUGGAGGACAAUAAGAUCCCUCCCAGUUUGUGUACAGGUCACCCUGGAAUCCCAGGCUCUCCAGGGGUUCACGGGAGUCCCGGUCAGCCGGGAAGGGACGGAAGGGAUGGACGAGAUGCAGUUCCUGGAGAAAAAGGGCAGAAAGGAGACAGGGGAGAGUCAGGUGAAACUGGACUGCGAGGCCUGACUGGAGACAAAGGUGACCCUGGAGAGAAGGGAGAGAGGGGGCCACCAGGUGAGUGUGCAGUGGCUCCUAAAUCAGCCUUCAAUGCCAAACUGUCCCAGAGCCUCGCUCUGGCCCUCACAGUGGGCGAUGCAGUCUGCUUCGACACCAUCGUGAUCAAUGAGCAGGGUGACUACAAUGCGGAAACUGGACGCUUCACCUGCAAAGUCCCUGGAGUCUACUACUUUGCCGUCCAUGCCACAGUGUACCGGGCCAGCCUGCAGUUUGACCUGAUGAAGAAUGGACAUGUGGUGGCCUCCUAUUUUCAGUUUUACGGCAACUGGCCCAAACCGGCGUCGCUAUCUGGCGGCUCCCUUCUUCACCUGGUUCCUGGUGACCAGGUGUGGGUUCAGGUGGCUCUGGCGGAGUACAACGGGUUUUACUCAAGCACCAAAACAGACAGCAGCUUCACCGGCUUCCUGGUCUACUCAGACUGGAAAAACUCUGCUGUGUUUGCAUGAACAAUUUAAAAUCCACCCGACUCUGGAAAGUAAACCACAAUUAUAUUCCUACUUUUGCUUCCAACUGAGACAUUCUGGAAACAGGCAGAUGCAUUAGUUGGGACUUGGUACAUCUGUACUGGUGUCUGAUGAGUUAAAUAGGCUGAAUGGGUCAUUCUGUAUCCAUUUGGUUUAGUUGUGUUUAAACAGCAGCCCUCUGUAAGAUCCAGGCCACAGAUUCAAAUACUUUACAUGCCAUCAUUGCACUGUGUUUCCCAUUAGUGACACUUUAAUAAAUCUUCCGGCUUUAUAGGAAAAUCCAUAUUGAUGACAUGAUUUGGAUUCCUGACAUUGCUUUAUGUGAAAUGAGGUGAAAACACAGCAGAAACAGGAUCAUUUAUUUGAAAAGAUGUUGCUCAAUUAAAAUAGAAAUUGUGUAAAAAUGUUUAUUUUACAAACACUGAAGAGUGAACCGAAAAACACACCAGUACCUGUUUUUACUUCCAUUUUACUCUUAAAUUGGUUAAUUUACAAUAUUUUAUAUGUUGUUUCACACACACACACACACACACACACACACACACACACACACACACACAUA